CCUCAUUUUUGCUUCUCCCAAACUGUUUUUCUCUCCUAUAUAUACACAAUAUACAUUUGUAUACAUACAUAAUAUACACAUCAAUUCUUGAAAACACUCAAUAUUUCUCUUCAAAAAAGUUUCCCUUUUUGGUUUUUUUUUUUUGGGUUUAAAGAAAAGGGAAAUUUCAUCUGGGAUAUCUCUAAUAUAACAAUUCAAGAAUCAAUAAUGUUAUAUGGCUAAAUUCCAAAUUUGUUGAGUAAAGCUGGUCGCUAGGUGCCAAUUCUAAUUUGUGUGCUUCCUCCUCGGUUUCCGUUCUUAAGCAGAUGGGCUGUUUAAGCUCUAAGGCGGCAAGACGACACAGACAGCAGUUUCCUGGAUAUGAAGAUCCUGUUUUCCUGGCAUCUCAAACGGCAUUUACUGUAAGUGAAGUUCAGGCAUUAUUUGAGAUGUUCAAGACUAUUAGCAGUACGGUAGUUGAUGAUGGACUGAUAAGCAAGGAAGAGUUUCAGUUGGCUUUAUUCGAGAAUAGAAAGAAAGAAGACCUCCUUGCAAAUCGGAUUUUUGAUCUCUUUGAUUUAAAGCAAAGAGGGGUCAUCGAUUUUGAGGAUUUUGUUAUGGCAAUGAAUGUUUUCCACCCAAACGCCUCCCAGGAAGAUAAGCUCACUUUUUCAUUUAAGUUGUAUGAUCUGGAUGGCUCAGGGUAUAUUGAACGACAAGAGGUUAAACAAAUGUUGAUUGCACUUUUACGCGAGUCUGAGAUGAAGUUGGCUGAUGAGACCAUUGAAAUAAUACUUGAUAAGACGUUUUCAGAGGCGGAUUCUAAUCAGGACGGAAAGAUUGACAAAUCGGAAUGGAGAAGUUUUGUUGAUCGAAAUCCUUCAUUACUAAAGAUAAUGACACUUCCAUAUCUAAGGGAUGUAACAACUACUUUUCCAAGUUUUGUAUUUCAUUCAGAAGUUGAUGAAGUAGCUACUUGAGGAGUAGGAAAAAGAGGGUGUAGUUUCAGAUUAAUUAGUUCUUCUCCUCCACAUUUCUUUUGUUUUUGUUUUUCCCCUAAAUAUAUUUUAAAAUGUAUGUAAUAUAGUUGGGAAGAAUGCCAAACAAUAUAUAUCUAAAUUGGGUGAGGAGGUUUUGUUAGCCCUCCCUUUUUGUAAAGUGAUUAUAUUUUGCCAAUUUGGCCGAUUAAUAUAUUGAGCUUAGAUUCACUUA